GUGUCCAGAAUCAACCUGGCUCCCACGGUGGGUUAUGAGGAUGACGUGGGCAGCAGGACCAGUCACCACUUCAUGUACCCCGAGAGCGCCAAGAAUCUGGCGGCCAACGUCAGCUUCGUGCUGGUGCCCUUCAAGACCCUCGACCUGCUCUGGAUCACCAGCGCCUUGUCUACAGGACAGAUACGCUUCACCUAUGCUCCGGUGAAGCAGUUUCUGCGCGUGGACAAAGACAAGGUCCAGAUCUUCAACCCGGCGUUCUUCAAGUACAUCCACGACCGCUGGACUCGGCACCACGGCCGAUACCCAUCCACUGGCAUGCUGGUGCUCUUCUUCGCUCUACACGUGUGCGAUGAGGUGAAUGUGUUCGGCUUCGGCGCCGACAGCCGGGGGAACUGGCACCACUACUGGGAGCAGAACCGCUACUCCGGAGAGUUCCGGAAGACGGGGGUCCACGACGCCGACUUCGAGGCCCAGAUCAUCGACUCCCUGGCCAAGGCCGGCAAGAUCACCGUCUUCCCCGGGAAAUGAGGAGUGCCACACGGGGACGAGAGGAGAGAGAGGCCACGAGGGGGCGUGGAGGACACGAGGGCCAGAUGGAGUAAAGGAUUAUGCACAUCCCAGGAAAAGGUGCAGGACAAAGGCCAACUGUAGUUUUCAAAGUGAGA